UGAUGGCUGUGCCAUUUCAGCGCGCUAAUGGUUCAGCGCCUGAACCUGACAGAGGCCAAAAUCUCACUGCAAGUCCUGCAAACACGACAGGGCAUGCUCACGUUGUCAAAGGACAGCCCGUGGAAAUUUUACAUGCAGGACUGGCUAAUUCACCAUACGGUGAAAAUGUCGGUAAUUGGUCACAUCCGAGCUGUGUUAACGGAAAUGAAGGAUUAAAUGGAACUAACUGUUCAACUUCAGGAACGGAGGACCGUAACCUGGCUGUUACAGACCCAGUUUUAGUAAAUGAGACAACUAGAGUUCCGGCUUACUUUCCCGUAAUCCACCAGGUGAACAAUUCCGGAACUCCGCUCUUAACGGAGAAGUCCUUCCGGCUGACUCCAGAUCAACACUUGUCAAAUAAUUCCGAUUUAUCUACAGCAGUGUUAAAAUCAAACAACAGCGUUGUGAGGACUACUAAUUAUACAACAGUAAAUGUUACUCUGUUCGAGAACGGGACAACAGGAAGUACCACAACGCCAUCGGGGGGAACACGACGUCACAAGUCGUACGUGAUAAGUUCACAAAUGAAACAACAUUAUAAAGGUGUGAUGCAGACUAUUCUAAUGGAGGAAUUAAAACACGGCGUGUGGGAAUCAAAAGUGCCAAUAGAGGACGGCCCUUUUGGAAGUUUAAUUUGGAGGGAUAAAAAAUACCUCAUCAGCGUACUGGUUCCUAUAGGGGUGGGCAUUACCGGUGCUGUGAUCAUAGUCGUCGUGGCCUAUGCUGUCAGAUCUUACAAACGAAAACAGAAGCGCAGAGCAUUUACAUCUCCCAGUAGAACCUUCAGACCCCAGGCCCAGCUAGCAAUCAUGGACCAAGUGUUGCUGUUAGAUGACAGCUCUGACGACGAAUUCUAGACCAUCAUAUAUAGCGCCAAACGAUGGCCGCAGCACCAUUAACUUCCAAACAGCGAGACAUGUAUUACGGUGAGCACUCUAUAGUGUUGUUUGAUGGUGAGCUCUACAUAGUGUAGUACUGUACAGCUGUGUAUGGAGAUGAGCUGUACGCGAGAAUUUUACAGACAUUUCAUGGUAAGCUCAGCUCCCUAAUGUGACGGUGAGCAGAGACCAACAUUAUUUGAUGGUGAGCUUUACACAACACUAUGUUGUGCCCGAGAGUAAGCACUGCACAGUGGUGUUUGAUGGCGAGCACUGUGUAGUCGUGUUUGACGGUGACAACUGUACAGAUGCGUUUGACGGUGAACGUCGUACAGUCGUUUUGAGGGUGAGCACUAAAGUACUGUACCACAGUGUUUGAUAAUGAGCACUGGUACCGCCGUGUUUGACUGAAAGCUCUGUAUAGCAAUAUAUGUGACCAGGUAGGACUAUACAGCCUUGUUUUCACGAGGAAUUCUACAUAAUGGCAUUUGACAGGGAUUGGACACCAUAACCAUGUGAUUCUCCUGCCGACAUCACAGCAAUUUGCACCGGGAUUAACCAAGACUGAGUCCUCCCAAAUACGAGCCCAAUAUUGGUUGUGAUUCCUUUUUGCGGACAAUCUAAAGCCUCAGAGCCGCUCGUUCAGUAAAUUAGAGGGAAAGCAGGACGCCAAAUCCCCACAGCUCUGAAUAUGGGAAUUAGCAGUGGUGCGUGGGAUGCGUUCUAGGUCAACUGAACUGUCCGUCGGAUAAAUGACUGGCAAAUAAGAACAAUACAACUGAAUGGUAUCUCAAUUGCCUGGUACAGCAAUAGACAACUGGUUGUGGGACAGAUCAUUUAACGGCUUUAAGACUCGUCCUGAUAAUAUCUAGUAUCCCAGCUCUCUGCACAACGGUGGGCUUUCCUUUUAUUACUGAUUAUGUUCUCGUUAUCAAGGCUGUAGUCGAGGGAUUUGAUGGCAUACCUUGUAGUACAUGUGUCACAUAAGCUGUUGUCCACGGCACGGACGUGGGAAAAGACGUAGGACUAUAGAGACAAGGAAACUAAGAGAAUGGGAGUCUACAGAUGUCCAUGACAGAGAAGGAAGCCUUAUUGUGUGCCGGCGUCUGUCUUGACUACGGCAACGCUCAUCCCCACUAUUUACGUGAGGAAUUUAGAAUGUGGAAUAUUAUUGCAGUAUCCCUAGGGACAGUCGUAGAAUAAAGCCCACGAACGGAACCCGUCUGUGCGUGCCUGUAAUGCGGCGAAGGUACCCAAACCAGUGUCAAAAUAUCAUCUCCACCAUUCCAAGAUAAGAUUAAGAUAUGGCCUAAUAUAUCUAAUAGGGUAUCGGUUUACAAAGUAAAUGUAAACUGUGUUAUAUUGCACCGCCAAAUCUUUGAAAAUGGUUUACUUUCCGUUGCCAACCGUCUGUUCACAUUUGGAGAUCUGUUUGAAGUUUAUACGUUGUUCUGUCGUGUUGACUUUUAGAUUUUCCAUAUGUUUUUGAUGUGAGUGUAUACAACUAGUAAACCAAUUUACCGUACUUGUGUAUAAUAUAUAGAGGUUCAUAAUUCAAACUGUUUUGGACGGUAGAAAGUAUUAUUUUUGUAAAAGAAUACACCGGCUGAAGGAUGAAUAAGUGAUAUGAAAUUGUGAGUUUCACCAUAAAUACGCGUCCAGUCUGUCAAUAGGAAUUGGUUGUAUCCGCUCCGAGUUGAGGUGUACAUUGUCUUCUCGUAUGGCGACACAGUACAAUCUUAGAACAAUGAAGUGGCUAACGUACCUUUUCCACAUCAACGGUUAUUCCAUUUUAAGUUUGAAUUUGCGUUGUUUUUUGUAUACCAUCCAAUCACUUACGUAUUAAGUGAUUCGCAAUCUAAGCAAGUCAGCGGAAAUAUAGAUUGCUUACAACUUCCGGUGUUGAUUAACGAUAAUAUUUCAGUUUCAGGAAAGAUUAAAAAAAUUUUUGCAACGAUGUUUCGUUUCAUAAUACAGCUGCAACAUUUCCCUUCGACAUUACUGCACAAUAAAUUUGCAAGUAUGACUGAUUUUGAUUGAUGAUCAAUUCUGGAUUUCUCGUUUCACAUCCAUGUAAAUCGCCCAAAUACUUACUGUUGGUUACAGUUGUCUUUUCUUGACUUUUCCUGCACAUGGCCGAGUCCAGAGUAUGAUUGUUUGAUAACACCAACGCCAUCGUAGCUUAUUAUUCUAUAGAUGAAAGUGUAUAUACGUGUACAAACAGAAAGAAUACUUAGUACUUAGGAGUUAAUUUAUCACAUUUAGGUCUUUUUUUUAAAAUAUUAUUAGUUUUCUACAUCUACACAGCGCAGCACAAUAGCUCAAGAGCUUCACCAGUGUAGUUGCUGAGAGUUCGAAACCAGCUCAUACUGGCUUUCUCUCCGAUGUUACGUGGGAAGGCCAUGACAGCAACCUGCGGUUGGUCAUGGGCUCUGCCUGAUUUCUUCCCACUCAAAGGCUGACCACCGUCACAUAAGGAAAUUUUUCUUGAAUACGACGUAAAACACCAAUCAAAUAAAAUACAUGAAUGGUUAUAGUACUGUCUAAUAUGUUUAAUUGUUGUUACAUUUAUGGCGUAUAAUACAAAAAACCCGUUGUGAAUAGCAUUAAAAGAAUAAAAAUAAGUUACGAAAUUAUGUUUCAUGACAGCGGUAAUUUUUUAAACAGACAAAAGAAAGAUAUCUGACAUUUUAUUCAUUUAAUGUAUUAAAUCAUUUCAGAUGACAUAUUUAAUUCAUCAGUUCUAAAAGAUGAUUUUGUCCGUGUUUAUUUAUGUUGAUGCCGACACAGGUUACAAAUUUAAUUUUACUUUACGUAAAGCAGUUACAUUUAUAUAUAUACAUAGAGUGUAUUCGUUCACUAGGUUAAUGGCAGACAUUUAAUAUGUAUACAUACCUUAUGUCUAUAUGUAUGAAAUAUGAUAUCGCUUUACAUGUAGCUUGUGGUUGCUAUUUCGAAAUAAAUCCCCUAUUUAGUCAGUUUGAUUCGUCAUAUCCUUAGUCCCCAAAAAACAAUUCAUCUCAAUUUUCUCGUCAAGGAUAGACGAAAGCAUAUCGUGUCCUGGAGCAAUUGGG